GAUUCCCAUCGCUGGGACGCACACAACACCACAAACUUGAUAAGACAUGAAACACGCAUGACAUUUAAACGCAGAGCACACACAAGAGGAUUUGUAACGUUACUCGCCUAAUGUCUCUUAAACAUUAAUUUCUUUCAUAACGCUUGAUAUACGUACUGCGUCAUAAGAAUGGUGUCAUACAAGAGACUCACCCCUGAGGAGGUUCAUUUCUCAGGAGCCGCGUUAUUGGAUCCACCCCACGAUGAGACGACGGACGGGAGGGAAGUAGACCCAGAACUGCCCCUACUUCCCCGGAGCCAUCGCUGCUCCAUCACAGCCGGUCUUCUGACCCUUGGAGGACUGAUUGUGGCUCUUUCCUGCGUUUGGCUGUUGGGAACUAUAUUUUGCUUGCAUAAUCCCCCUUCCACAGAACCUCACAGACCCCCACCACCCGCCGUAGACCCUGGCUGGAUGCAGAGGAAUGGGACGUGGCUGCAGCCGGAGUCUUGCUCCAAUGUUCCGAAAGAAUGGAGGUUUGACUGUUAUCCGGAAAGGAGUGUGGUGGUUACAGAGGAACUGUGCCACGCUCGAAACUGCUGCUUUAUACCUCAAUCGCAGGCUAAGACGGCGGGACGGAACGGAGUGCCGUGGUGUUUUUACGCAUCUGAUUAUCCGUCUUAUGAGUUGGUGUCCAUUAAUGACAAUGAGAUGGGGACAGUCGGAAAACUGCUUCGGAAAACCAAGACGUACUACCCUAAAGACAUUGACACACUACAGCUAGAAGUGCUUUAUGAGGAUGACAAUAGAUUGCGUGUGAGGAUAACCGAUCCGGCUCAGAAGAGGUACGAGGUGCCUAUAGAUGUUCCUGUGGUCCAGAAACAAGCAACAAACCGUUCUUACACCGUAGAGUUCAUCAAUAAACCUUUUGGGCUGAUUGUCAAGCGAGUUAACUCUGGGACUGUAUUGCUAAAUACGUCCAUAGCUCCUCUCUUCUACGCGGAUCAGUUCCUGCAGAUGUCCACAUCGUUGCCAUCGCGUUUCAUAUACGGUCUAGGGGAACAUCGCUCCAACUUUCUUCACGACAUCCAGUGGAACACACUCACCAUGUGGGCUCGAGACGUCCCACCAAUGGAGCUCACCAACCUCUACGGUGUCCAUCCAUUUUAUUUUUCUAUGGAAUCUGAUGGAAGGGCACAUGGGUUCUUCAUGCUCAACAGCAAUGCCAUGGAUGUGGCUCUGCAACCCGCACCUGCCGUCACCUGGCGCAUGAUUGGCGGAAUCCUGGACUUUUAUGUAUUUCUUGGCCCAGAUCCGAGCUCUGUGAUUGGUCAAUACCUGGAUGUCGUCGGUAAACCAGCGAUGCCCGUCUACUGGGCUCUAGGAUAUCAUCUCUGCAGAUGGGGAUACAAGUCAAGCAACAAAACCUGGGAUGUUGUGAAAGAAAUGAGGAAUUAUGGAAUACCACAGGAUGUUCAGUGGAAUGACAUUGACUACAUGGAUCGUGCUUUAGACUUCACCUAUGAGCCUAUGAACUUCUCCACCCUACCGGACCUUGUGAAGGAUCUUCACAUACAUGACCAACACUACGUUAUGAUACUGGAUCCUGGUAUAAGUAGCACUCAGAAACCUGGCUCAUAUUUGCCAUUUGAUGAGGGAGUAAAGCGGGGUGUCUUCAUCAAUGACUCCAAUGGAGAGAUUCUUAUUGGAAAGGUCUGGCCUGGACUCACAGCUUUCCCAGAUUUUUCCAAUCCAGACACACACAACUGGUGGUAUGAGAAUCUGCAGCGUUUCCAUGAUAAAGUGCAGUUUGAUGGCGUGUGGAUCGACAUGAACGAGCCGUCUAAUUUCUUCGAUGGAUCACUAAAUGGUUGUCCAGAGAAUGAACUGGAAAAUCCUCCAUUCACACCAGGUAUUCUAGGUGGCACUUUAAAGGCCAAGACUCUGUGUGCUUCUGCAAGACAGAAAAUCUCCUCUCACUACAACAUACACAGUCUGUAUGGACUCAUGGAGGCCAAAGCCACUGAAAGCGCUCUGAGGAAGAUCACAGGAAAACGACCAUUUGUUAUUUCCCGUUCUACGUUUCCUAGUCAGGGCAGAUAUUCAGGUCACUGGCUCGGAGACAACAGGAGCCAAUGGAAAGAUUUGUUCACAUCUAUACCAGGUAUGCUGACGUUUAACAUUCUGGGCAUCCCUCUUAUCGGAGCAGACAUUUGUGGUUUUGGGGGCAGCACCACAGAGGAACUUUGUGUCCGGUGGACCCAACUGGGAGCUUUCUACCCUUUUACAAGAAAUCACAACUCCAUAGAUGAGCAGGAUCAAGAUCCAACUGCAUUCAGUCCUGCAGCUCGUACAGCAAUGAAAGAAGUCAUCCUGCUGCGAUAUUCCCUUUUCCCACAUCUCUACACGCUCUUCCAUCACGCACACAUCAGCGGACGCACGGUCGCCACCCCACUGCUGUUUCAGUUUCCUACAGAUAAGAAAACAUAUGGAAUAGAUAAACAGUUCUUAUGGGGAACUAGUUUGCUGGUCACACCCGUGUUGGAGGCAGGAGUUGAAUACGUCGUGGGUUAUUUCCCCGAAGGUCUCUGGUACGAUUUCUACACGGGUGACUCAUUGGUAAGCAGCGGGGAGGAGAUCAAACUUCACGCUCCGCUGGACAAAAUCAACCUGCACCUCAGAGAGGGCUCCAUCAUUCCUACACAGAGACCUAACACAACACUGUGGGUGAGCAGUGGUCAGCCCCUUCACAUUAUUGUGUCUCUGAGUGAUGAAGGUCUGGCACAGGGGGAUCUGUACUGGGAUGAUGGAGAAACCCUUGAUUCUUAUGAGACCGAUCAAUAUGCUUACAUCUAUUUCACAGUCAAACAGAACACAAUGAAGUCAGAGGUGCUGCGUAGUCAUCAGGAAGCAACUUACAUCACCGUGGAAACUGUUUCCUUUUAUGGAGUAAAGGCGGAGCCAGAAAACGUCACUGUGAAUUCACAAGAAGCAGCAUUUGCUUACCACGACAAUAAGGUGCUGAUAGUAACAGAUUUGGGUCUAAACCUCAGCCAGAACUUCACAAUCAGUUGGAUGUAAAUAUUAUAAUGCUGUUUCAAAACUGCAAGCUGUCAUCAUGGAUUAUACAUCCUCAUAAGAUCGCGGCUGACCUUUUAUCCGGGUGCAAAGACGUGCCGGCUCUUGUUGAUUGUUGACUUUCCAGUGUUAUAUUUCUAGCGCACUUCUACUGCUGUGUAUUAUAAAACCAGUGCUGGUCAGAAGAACUCAAACGCAGGAAAAACCUCAAUGAAUCGGUUUUAAACAAUGCAUUUGUCUGAUCAGUAUGUAUAUGUAGUUUUAUUUCGGCUCUUUUUGUUGUUGUUGAUGUUGUUUUUUAAGUAGAAAGUUUUUUCUUCUGCAACUCUUUUAAGUUUUAGAGAUGAAUUGUAAAGCUAAUCAUAAUUAAAUUAAGUUUGCACUCAGCCUUCAAACUACUGAGAAGUACGGAAUUGUGAUAUUUUAAUCAAAUGUGAUUUAAUGAAACAUUUUUUUUCCAAAGUGUUUGUUUUGUGAUAUUACUUUGAAUUACAUGUAUAUUUGUUUACAAGCAUAAUUGCACUGUUCAGGAUAUUCUGAUUGUACAGUAUACUGCAGAAAUGCAUGUCUGAGCUUUGCCAUUCACUUUCAUUAUGUGCUGGCAGGCUUACAAUUAAUGUGAUGUAACUUCAGCCUGUCAAGCGGUGAUUGCAAACUUCUUCAUUUUUGUUAUUGUAAAUCAUUUUAAUACUACUAAAGUUUGACUUGGCUGUCAUAUUGUGAAACCAUGAAAAUAUUAUGGAAGAUUACUGGAUAGUAUUCAUUAAGGCUUUAAUGAGACAUGGCGUAUGGAUAUACCAAUUCAUAGCAUUACAUUGUGCCUUAUACAUUACAGUAGUUCAUCAAUGCUGUGAUUCAACAUACAAUGGCUUUACUGUGAAUGAAUGUAUAAAAAUCUCUGUGCAAAAACACUGGACUGCUUUACAACUUUUAUUAAAGUGUAUUCAUACACUGGAAUUUAAAGACAAUGACAAGAUGUAAUAUAUAGAUCUCUUAAGUCUGAGUAGCCUGUCAUUCUUGAAAUUAUGUAAACUCUGAGUAGAGUUUCUUUAAGAUAUAACGGGUAGUGUGCAAUAAAGAUUUUAAGCAUUAAA